AGCAUUAAUAGUACACGUUCCUUUUAAGAACUAAUUUGGCGAUGUUCAUAACAAUCAAACAGGAUUUUAAAUUAGCCAUCCCCUUGUUAGAAAUCACGGAAAUAUGACCGUAACUCUAAACAAUGUGUCUUCUCAUGUGUGAAAACAAAAUUGCGACUGCGGACAGUGUUUUGUUUUCAUCUUCCCAAUAUCCUGGAGCAAGUUUUUUUUUGUUGUUGUGUGAAAACAACCGAAAACUCGAGAACAAUUUCAAUGUACCUAACGAGGAACUGAAAACUCUUACUUUACCACAAACUGUCUUCAAUGUUAAGCAAUUGAAAACUUAUAGAUUUUAAUUUUACCAUUAUACGUCCUCCAUAAUGAAGACAAUGUCCAAAGAGAAGGAAUUUCCAAAGUUAUCCUUGGAUAAGGAAAACAAUAAUGUCUGUAUUAUACCUGUAUCGUUCGGCGAUACUUUUAAGGAACCCGAGAAAAAGGAUAUUCCUAAUAUUGAUAUUCAACCUGGUUUAUUUUUUCCCGAAUUUUAUGAAAAAGGGCUUGAUAAUCCAGCCUAUUAUGAUCCUUUGGAAGCAAGGAAAGUCGCAAGAGCUGAUACAAAAAAGCAAAAGUUUAUAUCGAGAUGCAUUCCUGGAGAUUCUAAUGGAGCCAAGCUGACAAAAGUUCCUGGUUUAAAUAUUUGGAGGUUGGAUUUCAGGAAACCAUCCUCAAGCAACCAAUCUAUUCAAGCCCCAUGGUAUCGUUUGACUACUAUCUUAGCAAUGGUUGCCAUUUUGGCUCUUGUUGUUUGUGGCGUUGCUGUUAUUGUGCACGCAGUUAAGGGAGGACUUAUAUUUGGUUUUCCAUGGUUUCCUUUCGAAAAUGAAAGUGAUAUCAUAGGUAUAAAUAGAGUGGCCACUCAUUUUCGAAUUAUGAAUAGAAAAUUCGAGAUUGAACUAACCGAGAAGACGUCUGAACAGCAUUUGCAAUUGGUAGCUGAACUCAAGCAUUCUCUUGAUGUUCUUUUUAUGGAUAGUCCUUUGGUAAAUCUUUACAAUACCAGCAAUGAUUUUCAGUUCAGCAAUGGCAGUGUUAUUGUCCAGUGUACAGUGCACCUGAAGCGACCUCUACCGGAUGGAGCACAAAGAGUUGGUUUUGCCUUUGUACGUGCUUUAGAAGAAGGAAAAGGAAUUCUUCCCCCAGGAAUGUUCUACAUUGAUGUUCACACAGUUCGAUUUGCUGCUAUGAAAAUGGAAACCAGUGAGAAUGCCUCUGAAAAUUUAAGCGAAUCAGGAGAAUGGUCAGAAUGGAGUUCUUGUAUGAGGAAUGGGACCUGUGAUUCAACUCGCAUACGCGUACGCAAACGACGAUGCCAGGGUUCAUUAAAGGAUGUCUGUAGUGGUCACCAUGAAGUUGUGGAAACAAGACCUUGUUUGUGUCCUCUCCCUGUUUCCAUUGCCACUUUAACUACAUCUUCAUUACUCCUACCAGGUGAAUGGUCUCAAUGGUCAUCUUGGAGUUCGUGUUCUACGCCAGAAGACAUGUGUGAUCCUCAACAAAUACAGCGACGUACUCGAGAAUGCAAAGGCUUGGGUUUGAGAGGUUUGCCAACAAUUGUUUGCAGUAAGAAGACUGGGGAAAGUGCGAUUCAAAUGAGGCACUGUCUUUGCUCUGAAGAGAAGGAAAUGAGUGACUUAGAAAGCAGUAAGGAACUGAUUGAUGGAACAACGUUACACGUUUUUGAAAAUGACUAUAUGCAUUGGUUUAUUCCAAUAAAAUCAGAGUGAAAA